GACGACCUUCGCAGCGUGCGCGGGACUCCCAUGUCCGUCCUCGUUCUCGACGACAAGCCCCCUCUCAGCCCCCGCAGCUCGGUCGUGGAGAAGCUCGACAACGAGAAGCAGGUGUACGCUGUGCCAGUCGCCGAAUUCGAUGACCCGAACAUAGACUUUGACGCGGUCGGCCUCGAGGAUGAUUCACCAUAUCCCGAGGUCCGCUCCGCGGUUGCAAACACAGACGAUCCCGACAUGCCCGUGAACACCAUACGCGCAUGGUGCAUCGGCCUUUGUUGGUCGAUGAUCCUCCCCGGGAUGAACCAAUUCUUCUUCUUCCGAUAUCCCUCCAUCACCGUAACCGGAGUUGUCGCCCAACUAUUGUCGUUCCCUGUCGGGCGGUUAUGGGCGAGAUUGAUGCCCAGGGUCAAGUUCUUCGGGGCGUCCUUGAACCCUGGGCCGUUCACUGUGAAGGAACAUGUGCUGAUCACGAUUAUGGCCACCGUCGGAUAUUCGUCAGCCUAUGCGACGGACAUCAUCGCGGUGCAGCGCGUAUACUACAACCAGACCUACAACUUCAGUUACCAAUGGAUGCUUGUAAUGUCCACGCAGCUGAUUGGCUUCUCGAUAGGAGGUAUUUGUAGAAGAUACCUCGUACAACCACCAUCCAUGAUCUGGCCAAGCAACCUCGUCACCUGCGCGCUGUUCAACACUCUUCACUCACAACAGUAUGUCGGCAUCGGCAACAGAGCCGGUCUCUCGCGCGAACGCUUCUUUGCGUACGCGUUCACUGUCAGCUUCUGCUGGUAUUUCUUCCCGGGGUACAUCUUCCAGGCACUCAGCUACUUCAGCUGGGUAUGCUGGAUUGCCCCGAACAACAUCGUCGUAAAUCAGUUGUUUGGAUAUGAGUCCGGUCUGGGUAUGUCCCUGAUCACGUUCGACUGGAACCAGAUUAUCGCGUACAACGGCUCGCCACUCGCGACACCUUGGUGGGCCGAAGCGAAUGUCGCGUUCGGCUUCGUAUUCUUCUUCUGGUUUAUCACGCCCAUCCUAUACUACACGAACACCUGGUACGGGAAGUACAUGCCCAUGUCCUCGCGCACGUCGUACGACAACCAGGGGCAGGCGUACGACAUCAGCCGGAUCAUCAAUAGCGAUGGCGGGACGUUCAACCAGACGGGCUACGAGCACUACUCGCCGCUCUUCCUCUCGACGACCUUCGCGAUGUCGUACGGCCUGUCGUUCGCGUCCAUCACGUCGACCAUCGUCCACACGGUACUUUACUUCCGAAGGCAGAUCUGGGUCCAGUCGAGACGGUCGCUCUCGGAGCAGCCCGAUAUCCAUGCGCGGUUGAUGAACCGCUACCCACAGGUCCCUGAGUGGUGGUACGGUACCAUCCUUGUGUCCAUGUUUGCGUUCGCUGUCAUCUCGAUCGAGGCUUGGGACACAGAGUUCCCCGUAUGGGGCCUCAUACUCGCCCUUCUCUUGUCAUUCGUUUACACCGUCCCGUGUGGCAUGAUCCAGGCCAUCACCAACCAACAAAUCGCUUUAAACGUCAUAGCGGAGCUCAUCAUCGGCUAUGCGCUCCCUGGCAAGCCCAUUGCGAUGAUGAUGUUCAAGACAUGGGGUUACUACAGCAUGUUCCAAGCGCUGCAGUUCACGUCCGAUAUGAAGUUGUGCCACUAUAUGAAAGUUCCUCCGCGAGUGAUGUUCUGGGCCCAGGUCAUCGCCACAGCUGUCGCCGGCACGGUGCAGCUUGCUGUGCAGUCGUGGAUGUUCACCAAUAUACCAGACAUCUGCAGCCCUGAUCAGAAGGAUGGCUUUACGUGCCCAUCGACGCAAGUGUUCGGCACGGCUUCCUUUAUAUGGGGAGUUAUUGGGCCCGCACGGCAAUUCUCGAAAGGUCAGAUCUACUAUGGUCUCGUCUUCUUCUUUAUCGUGGGCGCCGUCUGUCCACUGGUCUCCUACGCCAUCUCGCUCAAGUGGCCGAACUCCAUCUUCAAAUACGUCAACUUCCCCGUAAUCUUCAACGGCUCGCAGUGGAUACCACCCGCCUCCGCACUCAAUUACGUUCCCUGGACGAUCGUUGGGUUCAUCUUCAACUAUGUCAUCCGCCGGAGACAUUUCUCAUGGUGGACGAAGUACAACUACAUCUUAUCGGCAGCGAUGGACUCCGGCGUCGCGAUAGCUGUCCUCAUUAUCUAUUUCACACUACAGUAUCCCGCUAACGGGACCAUUGGCGAGAGCACAAUUCAGUCGUGGUGGGGAAACACCGUGUACAAAAACACGUUAGAUGCCAAUAUGACGACGUACUACAAGCUCUUCGGAAACCAGACAUUUGGGCCAAAACAACCUUGGUAGAGCUUACCGCGUAGCGUCGUGCAUCAUCUGUCAGCGCAUCUACAGUCCGCCCCUGCAUAUCCAUAUACUGCUCAUUUAUUGCGCUCUCGCAUAUCCUAGUGUUAUAGAUGUAGGUGAUUAUCUGUACGGCAUGUUGUGUUAUUGGAUAUUUGGAACGGUGUGUGCGUGUUACAUAGACGUGCCCAGAGGAUGCUUUCUUAUGUACUUGUACUAUCACAUUAUAUUUUUGCACAAUCCACGCGCGGUUGGCUUAAGACCCCUCUUGUGUGGUGGUGGUG